AUGGCGGCUGCUUCUCGCGUUUCUCCUUUUCGCUAAUUGCGUUUUCCUUCUGCCAUUUUCAUUGAAGCUGAUUAUAAAAGCGGCGUAGAUCUGUGAAUCUGUUCAUUACAUUUCUGCGUUUGUGAGGAGAAGGAGGAGAAGAUGUUGUGUGCUUGUUCAGGCGAACAAUUCCGGUUCGAGGAUCAGCCAGGUUCGCCGGAAUCCCUAGCUACUAGAGAUUUCUCAGCUAGUGGACUUUCUUCUCGAAAUGGCGGAGGCGAUUGGGAUUCGAAAUUGGAAGAUAUUCAAGUCGAUGAAGCUGAAUCGACUUUAAAGGAAGCUCUAUCACUCAACUAUGAGGAAGCUAGGGCUUUGUUGGGGAGACUUGAAUAUCAGAGAGGUAAUUUUGAUGCAGCGCUUCAGGUGUUUAAGGGGAUUGACAUUAAGGUCUUAACUCCAAGGAUAAUCAAAGCCAUUGUUGAGAGAACUCGUCCUUGCAAACCGCGCUCCAAAGUUGUUAUUGUGCCUCCCUGCACAAUGUCAAUGCAUUCAGUCAGUUUACUUCUUGAAGCAAUCUUGCUUAAAGCUAGAUCACUUGAAGAACUCGGCUCUUACCAAGAGGCUGCAGAAGAAUGCAAAAUAAUCCUGGACGUGGUUGAAUCUGCACUGCCGAGUGGCAUGCCUGACGGAAUCAGCGGAUUCUCUAAACUGCAGGACAUUUUUCAGAAAGCCCUGGAAUUGCUUCCUUUACUAUGGACAAAAGCGGGGAAUCAUCAUGAAACUAUUGCUUCAUAUCGCCGUGCUUUAUCCAGACCAUGGAAUUUGGAUCCCCAGAGGUUAGCUGUUACGCAGAAAUCCUUAGCUUUGGUUUUACUUUACGGGAGUGUUGAGGCAUGCCCAAAAGACAACAUCGAGGAAGCAAUUGUGUUGCUAAUGUUACUUGUAAAGAAGAUGGUGGUUGGGGACAUACAGUGGGAUGCAGAGCUCAUGGAUCAUCUCACGUACGCCCUUUCCAUGACUGGACAGUUUGAAGUGUUAGCGAACUAUCUAGAGGAGACUCUUCCAGGUGUUUAUACACGCGGGGAGAGAUGGUACCUUCUCUCCCUUUGUUACAGUGCUGCUGGGAUCGAUACAGCGGCCAUCAAUCUAUUAAAGAUGGCCCUAGGCCCUUCUGAAUCAAGACAAAUACCACACAUUCCUUGGUUAUUGUUUGGAGCAAAGCUGUGCUCUAAAGAUCCAAAACACUCAAGGGACGGCAUAAAUUUCUCUCAUAGGCUGCUCGACUUGGCAAACAGUCAGAGUGAACAUCUUUUGAGUCAAGCACACAAGUUCCUUGGUGUAUGCUAUGGAAACGCUGCAAGAAGUUCCAAAUUAGACUCUGAACGGGUUUUCCUUCAGAAAAAAUCUCUGUUCUCUUUAAAUGAAGCAGCAAAGAGGGGCAAGGCUGAUCCGGAACUAGACGUUAUAUUUAACCUAAGCGUUGAGAAUGCAGUUCAAAGAAAUGUUCAGGCGGCUUUGGAUGGUGCGGUUGAGUAUUCUAGUAUGGUGGGAGGAGUUUCAACUAAAGGAUGGAAACAUUUAGCUAUUGUCCUUUCAGCGGAGAAACGGCUCAAGGAUGCUGAAUCAAUUCUGGACUUCACCAUGGAAGAGGCUGGUGACCUUGAAAAGUUAGAGCUUCUGAAGUCAAAAGCUAUGCUUCAGAUGGCUCAAGAACAACCUAAGCAGGCAAUGAAGACAUGCAGCAGCUUGCUGGGCCUAAUUCGAGCGCAAGAGAAAUCUGAAAAGUCCGAGGCUCUGCUACAGAAAUUUGAAACGGAAGCUUGGCAAGACCUGGCCUCUGUCUAUGGAAAGCUAGGUUCAUGGUCAGAUGCAGAAGCAUGUCUCGAGAAGGCAAGAUCCAUGAGUUAUUAUUCUCCUAGAGGCUGGAAUGAAACAGGUUUGUGUCUAGAAGCCAAAUCACUUCAUGAAGAGGCUUUAACAUCCUUCUUCCUCUCACUCUCGAUCGAACCAGAUCACGUACCCAGCAUUGUUUCUAUAGCAGAGGUUAUGAUGAGAUCUGGAGGUGAAUCACUUCCAACCGCUAAAAGUUUUCUGAUGAAUGCCUUAAAAUUAGACCCGAGAAAUCACGAUGCAUGGAUGAAGCUAGGGCACGUUGCAAAGAAGCAAGGCUUGUCACAGCAAGCUGCAGAGUUUUACCAAGCUGCAUACGAACUAGAGCUAUCCGCUCCAGUACAGAGUUUCAUUUGACUUGCAAGAUUUUAGGAUGAAGUUACUCGAGCAAGCUAAGCGAGACCAGGUAACAAAAUAUUCUUCAGCUUAUAACUAAGGUUGCAGAGUGGCAGAUUCUUGAUAAAUAAAGUUGGAAGUUGUAG